AUGGCCGUGGGCCCCGCUAAGCGCUUUAUUUAUAGCCGCGAAGCCGCCGCCCGCCAACGGCCGCCAACGGCCGCCCCGGCGGCGGCGGGCGGCGAGGCCGCGGGGCUGCUCGACGAGGCGCCGCUGCUGCGGCCCGACGAGCUGGAGCGGCUGGCGGGCUGCGAGGAGGACGAGAGCGGAUGGUUAUACACAUCUCCAAAGAAGAAACUGACUCCAGUGCAAAAAUCUGUUAGUCCAUUAAUUUGGUGCAGGCAGGUGUUGGAUUACCCGAGUCCUGACAUAGAAAGUGCUAAAAAGUCCCUGAUCCACAGGCUGGAGCAGACCAUGUCAGUUCUCAAGAGACAGAGCUUGUACAGUAACCCUUUCAGUGCAGUCAGCUACGCAGGCUCCUACAGCCCAAAUACGAGUAGCCCCUACAGCAGUGGCUUCAACUCUCCCUCCUCCACACCAGUGAAAUCUGUGUUGGUGAAACAGUUCAUACCUCCUGGUACCUCAGGUCAUCUUAAAAGYUCAGCAGAUAGAAACCCUCCACUAAGUCCACAGUCUUCUCUGGACAGUGAGUUAAGUGCUUCAGAAAUGGAUGAAGACUCUAUUGGAUCAAAUUACAAGCUAAAUGAUGUUACAGAUGUGCAAAUUUUAGCACGAAUGCAGGAAGAAAGCCUCCGGCAGGAGUACGCGGCGAGCGCCUCGCGCCGCAGCUCGGGCUCCUCCUGCCACUCCACCCGCCGCGGCACCUUCAGCGACCAGGAGCUCGACGCGCAGAGCCUCGAAGAUGAGGACGACGGCGCGCACCCCACAGUGCAUCCCGCUGUCAGCAGGUUCUCGCCUUCGCCUCGCAGCUCUCCCUGGCCCUCCCCAAAACAGUCCCCGAGGAAUUCGCCUCGUUCCCGGUCGCCUGCUCGAAGCAUAGAGUACAGCAGAGUAUCUCCCCAGCCCAUGAUUAGCCGUUUACAGCAGCCUCGUCUCUCGCUUCAAGGCCACCCUACAGAUUUACAGACUAGCAGUGUCAAAAGUGAAGAAAAACUAAGGCGUAGUCUUCCAAACCUAUCCAGGACAUCCAACAUCCAAGCUGAGUCUGUGAAAAACAGCAGAAGUGACUCAAACUUCCAAGUGCCAAAUGGAGGGAUACCUCGCAUUCAACCUCAAGCCUCAGCCAUCCCGUCUCCGAGCAAGUUCCGCCCGCCGGCGGCUCCGUCGCCGCUGGCCCUGCGGCAGCCGCUGAAGGCGUUCGAGGGCGCCGCGCAGCCCGCGGCGCCGGCACCGGCCGCAGGCGCCCGCGCGCCCGCCGCGGCGCCCAUGAGGAGCGGCCUGCCCAGACCCAGCGCCCCCGCCGCCGCCGGGGGCAUCCCAGUGCCUCGCAGCAAACUUGCACAGCCUCUUCGCAGAUCAUUGCCUGCUCCCAAAACCUAUGGCAACGUGAAAGAUGAGAGUUGGAAAGAUGGCUGCUACUGAACUGCAACGUCCCAGUGCUCCUGGAUGCUUCCUCCCCGGGCUCAAAGACAGCUUGAUUCUACAGACUGUUCACACGUGACUUUGGGGGUUUGUAAAAAUCCCAGACCUCUCUGUCUCUAAUUAGCACAAACUGRCAGAGAUUAUAAAGCAGCACUUUAAUGACAUCUAACAUCAGAUGUUUGGUGUUCAUACAAUCGCUUUUACAUGAAAUGGCUCUCAGUUCUGUUGGAUUUUUUUCCUUGCUUGCUAAGAGUGUAUCAAUUUGAGCAUUUAUGACAGUGGCCAAUGUCUGGGCAAACACCUAACGAAUGCCAAAGAAAUGCCCAUCUUGAAAAGCAGCAAGUAUAACAGCCAACUUAACACAUCCAAAAGUUCAGCCUGUUUUAAUUCRGCAGAGAUUGGUGAAUAUGUACAAUUGCAGUAACGAGACUGUGUUAAUCAGAGCGACUCUUCUGAUUGCAGACUGCUACAGUGCUAGUGACACAUUGGCUUUAACAGUUGUAUGAGAUGCUUGUUGGGGAAAGUGGUACGUACAUCCUUCGGAAGGAGGAUGAAGCAGAACAGUAAAUAGUAGUCAUGGCUUUUGUAUCAGUGAAGGUUUGAAUGUAGCAGACACACAAAUGCAAUAGUAGCRACUGCAUCUUUCCUAGGUUGGUUUGAUACAUCAGUUUUACGUGCUCUUAUGAGUUUGGUUGCCAAAAGGGCUUCUUCUCAGUUGUACAAUCUUUGUAAACCUUCCAGUUCCUUGCUCAGGAAAGAUGGCCUUGCUAUUGUAGCCACAUUUUUAACCCAUGGCUUGCUCUUUGGGGAAAACUCUUUUUUUAUAGCAGGUUUCCUUCAAAAGGAAAGAGCAAGUAGUGCUAUUAAUUUGUUCUGAUACCAUAGGCUUCUGAUACCACUAUGCUCACAGCCUGGAACACAGCUGUAAAUGCUGAUAGUUAAUGAGAAGGAAACACAACUAUGCACUUGUAACAUACAG